UUGGCAGUUGCUGUCACCCGCACUUCAAGAGUUAAAGAAUUGAUUAUUUAGUAUUUGUUAUUGUUUUUGAUAACAUAGCACCUGAUAGAAGUGACAUUCUAGUAAGAAAGCUGAAGAAAAGUAAAAAUAAAGACACGUCACAAAUCUGAAAAAUAUACACAAACGUCAGUUGUCAUUGUCAUCCCUGGAAAAAAAAACAUAAAAGUAUGUGAAAAUUUCCUCUGAAUAUCUGAUACCAGUGUAACUUUAGAUCAAUUUAAAUUAAUAGAGGUUAUUGAAAUAAUUUCAUCAUGAUUACGAGCCAGUUAAAUAGAUUUACGUUUCGGAACCAAUGGUCUAGAAAUUUCUUUAGGUCUUCAUCGACGUCUGAGGAUUCAUCAAAAGUGUUAUAUCCAUUAAAAAACCGGAGCUUAAUAAAAGUAAGCGGAUCACAAGCCUCACAAUUCCUUCAAGGCCUUAUCACGAAUGACAUGAAGCAUUUUGAAGAAGGUGCACAAUCAAUGUAUGCUAUGUUUUUAAAUAACAAGGGCAGAAUUUUAUAUGAUACCUUAUUACAUAAAUGGGGAGGCGACAACACAUUCUUGAUAGAAUGUGACAAAAAUGUUAAUCGAUUAUUACAAAGACAUCUAAAUAUUUACAAACUAAAGAAAGAUAUCAAAAUAUCAGAUGCAAGUCAACUAUUAACCUUAUGGGCAUUGAUAACACCAUUAGAUAUUGAAGAAAUAUGUAAAACUGAUAUUCUAAACAGUAUUAGUGUAUACAGAGAUCCACGUCUUGCUGACCUUGGAUUUAGAGUGAUAACUACUUCAGAUAUUGGUAAUUUCGAUUUGCACUCUGCUAUUGGUAAAGACACAGUAAUUAAACACACUGAUGAAGACUAUCAUAAUUUGAGGUAUAAACUGGGUGUAAGCGAGGGGGCAGAUGAUCUAUUCCCCGGAACUGCUUUUCCUCUUGAAUCUAACUGUGACUACCUCCAUGGAAUAAGUUUUCACAAAGGCUGUUACAUUGGUCAAGAAUUAACAGCACGCAUUCACCACACAGGUGUUGUCAGGAAAAGACUAAUGCCUUUACAAUUCUUGGACUGCACAGAUUGUCAAUCAGUUGAAAGAGAUGCUCCAAUCUAUGCCAGUGUCGAUCCUGGAAGAAUUCAAAUAGGAAAGUUAAAAAAUAAAUCAUGUGAUUAUGGAAUAGGAUUAGUUAAAAUAAAGGAAGCACUUGAAUCUAAGGACUUGUUUGUUGGGACAACACCUGUUGACAUUGUGCGGCCACAUUGGUGGCCAAUAGAGGCUCCUAAAGAAAAGCAUAGUAUGUUUAAAUCUGAAUAUGAGGCAGAAGAUUCAAAUUAAAGAAAAUAAACAAUGUCUUGUGAGCUUAUGUUAAUCUUUUCACUAUGGAAGUGUCUGCACCAAAGGAAGAGCAAACAGUCUAUGAUUUCAAGUGUAUAUUGUGUGGAAUUGAUGAAAAACCACAUUAC